AUGUUUUUGUUCAUACCUUUAAUAUGUGGGAUGCAAAAUUAUGAUUCAAAUUAUGAUAGUAAUCCUAAACAUCAAGGAUUAUAUUGCCCCAAAUGUCAUAAUUUUAGUGUGGUACCUGUGAAAAGAAGAGAAUUUUUUUCCUUUUAUUUCAUCCCUUUAAUACCAAUACAUUGGGGAAAACAAUUGCGUUGUUCAAUUUGUAAUUGGAGACAAGAUUUCAGAUCUGAAUCUGAUUUACAAAGAGUGGUAGAUGAACAAAAAUAUUAUAGGAACAAUCCAAUAUAUACUUCACCUCAAUAUUGA